CCCGUUAUCACCAAACCCUCUGUAGGGGUAGCCUAACCUUUAUCGGAACAGACACAGUCAUGAGAGCCCUGAGAACGGAAGGCAGAUUGGCUGCACUCGAUUGUGCUGAAGGGAAACAGAUAGCCGUUUUGUGCUUUUGCAGAUGUGGAGACUGACGAUUAGACAUUGUGAUAUGCACUUGAACUUGAUGACGGCGUAUUUGUAGACACAGAACGGCGAUUGUUGCUACAGAAUACCGGCCCGUCUGAACAUAACGGGGUUUUAUCCUUCAAAUGGUUGUGGCCUAUAAAUGGGAUAGGCUACAGUCCACCGGUUUACAGAUGAUGAUUUCCCCUGCAAAUACGUGUAAAACUUUGUAAUUUAGCCUUGACGAGUGACAAAUGCAGGGGAGGAUCAUCGAUCACCAUUUUUUUUUUUGUUCCAUUUAUUUUAUUCAUCCAAUUUUGAAGCUUCUUCUGAUUUCCGUUAAGAAUAUCAUCCACACGAUUUGCACUCUUAGCGAUGCCGUCCAACACUGUUGCCACCGCCAACACCGCUGUGUUCAAAAACUCUGACUACACCUGUGAUGCACCUGGGAACAGAAUGAGCGAGAGCACGAGACUGGACAAGGAGCCGGCACCAGAGGAGAAGCCAGCUAAAAGCAACACCAGCUGUAAAGUGGUCAGGCCUGCUGGGAGGAAACGCAAGUCGAUACCUGUGGAGGGCAGUGUGUCUGUGAAGGAGAGUGUGGUCGGAGGUGGGUGCAACAGUCGCACCGGGCUGGCAGCGGAGAGAGAGAGACAGUCUGUGUCUGUGGCGCAGGUGCACAAUGGAGUCGUGAGCAGCGGGCACGCAGACAGAGACAGAACCCAGGCUGGUGCCCGCUGCUGCCCCAAGCAGGACAGGAAAGCUUCAGAGAAGAACGGGUUACCAGGCGCCCCUGGUACCCCCAGUGCCCCUGCCAGCCGGGCUGAGGACGCCCCCCCCGAAACCCACACCCUCCUAUGUCAGAGCCGGAGCCUGAGUCCCCCCUCCCUGGAGAACGGGUUUCUACUGAGCCGGGAGCCGAGCCGGGACGAGCAGGACGACUCUGAAAAGGACAAAGAGGAGACUCUGCCAACUCCGCCGCGCAAGAAACGAGGCAGGCGGAAACUGGAGCGCCCAACAAAAUAUGUGGAGCAGAAGGAGGAGGAGGGAGUGGAUGCAAUCAAGAACGAGGGAGUUGGAGGCCCUGGGACAGGCAGGCUGCGUGGCUCCGUCAGUCUGCGUCAGAGGCCCAUUCCCAGAGUAACCUUCCAGGCCGGGGACCCAUAUUACAUUAGCAAGAGGACCAGGGAGGAGUGGCUGGCUAAAUGGAAGAUGGAGGCAGAGAAAAAGGCCCUGCUGGUGUCAGUGAUGAACGCAAUGGAGGACCAUGAGGAGAUGGAGCCUGAGCCACAACAGAAAGAAGAAGUGUCAGUAAUCACACACAACCAACAGCAGCAGCAGCAACAACAACAACAACAACAGCAGCCCACGGACCCAGCGUCCCCGACGGUGGCCACCACACCUGAACCUGUCGCCAUGGCAGGAGGUGACAAGACAUCACCCAAGACAGCUGAUACUGAGCCUGAGUACGAGGAUGGGCGUGGUUUCAGCAUUGGGGAGCUGGUGUGGGGGAAGCUGAGGGGGUUCUCCUGGUGGCCUGGUCGUAUUGUCUCCUGGUGGAUGACCGGACGCAGCCGAGCUGCCGAGGGGACACGAUGGGUCAUGUGGUUCGGCGAUGGAAAAUUCUCUGUGGUGUGUGUAGAGAAACUGUUGCCUUUGAGUUCCUUCUCCAACGCCUUCCACCAGCCCACCUACAGCAAGCAGCCCAUGUAUAAGAAAGCCAUCUAUGAGGUGCUUCAGGUGGCCAGCACCCGAGCAGGCAAAGCCUUUAUAGCCUGUCCAGAGAGCGAUGAGACGGACACCUCCAAGUCAGUGGAUCUACAGAGCAAACAGAUGAUAGAUUGGGCUAAGACAGGCUUCCAACCCACCGGGCCCAAGGGCCUAGAGCCACCAGAAGAGGAGCGUAACCCAUAUAAGGAGGUGUACCCUGACGUGUGGGUGGAGCCAGAGGCGGCAGCCUACACGCCCCCUCCAGCCAAAAAGCCUCGCAAAAGCACUGCAGCCGAGAAACCCAAGGUCAAGGAGAUGAUUGACGAGGGGACGAGAGAGAGACUUGUGUAUGAAGUGAGACAGAAAUGCAGAAGCAUAGAAGACAUCUGCAUCUCCUGUGGAAGUUUGAAUGUUUCCCGUAAACACCCUCUGUUUGCUGGAGGAAUGUGCCAGAGCUGUAAGAACUGCUUUCUAGAAUGUGCAUAUCAGUAUGAUGAUGAUGGUUACCAGUCAUACUGCACUAUUUGCUGUGGGGGACGAGAGGUGCUCAUGUGCGGGAACAACAACUGCUGCAGGUGUUUCUGUGUGGAGUGUGUGGACCUGCUGGUGGGCCCAGGUGCAGCACAAAUAGCUAUUAAAGAGGAUCCCUGGAGCUGCUACAUGUGUGAGAAGGGACAGAAGGGAGUGUUCGGCCUGCUGGAGCGUCGCACUGACUGGCCCUGUCGUCUACAGCACUUCUUCGCUAAUAACCAUGACCAAGAUUUUGAACCACCAAAGCUUUACCCUCCAGUCAUGGCAGAGAAGAGACAACCCAUACGUGUCCUGUCACUGUUCGAUGGCAUAGCAACAGGUCUGCUGGUGCUGAAGGAGCUGGGUAUCCAGGUGGAGCGCUAUGUGGCAUCGGAGGUGUGCGAGGACUCCGUGACGGUGGGCAUCGUCAGGCAUCAGGGACGCAUCAUGUACGUGGGCGACGUGAGGAACGUCACACGCAAACAUUUACACGAGUGGGGCCCCUUUGACUUAGUGAUUGGCGGAAGUCCAUGUAACGACCUCUCUAUUGUCAACCCGGCUAGGAAGGGUCUUUAUGAGGGCACUGGUCGGCUGUUCUUUGAGUUCUACCGUCUGCUGCACGAGGCUCGGCCCAAAGAGGGCGACAACCGGCCGUUCUUCUGGCUCUUUGAGAAUGUGGUGGCCAUGGGUGUCAGCGACAAGAGGGACAUCUCUCGCUUUCUAGAGUGUAACCCGGUGAUGAUCGAUGCCAAGGAGGUGUCUGCUGCUCACCGCGCCCGCUACUUCUGGGGGAACCUGCCUGGCAUGAACAGGUUGGUGAGAGAACGACCCUUGACUGCCAUGUGCACUGACAGACUGGACCUUCAGGAGUGUUUGGAGCAUGGCAGAACAGCGAAGUUUGGCAAAGUGAGGACCAUCACCACUCGCUCUAAUUCCAUUAAGCAGGGUAAAGACCAGCACUUCCCUGUCUUCAUGAACGAGAAGGAGGACAUUCUCUGGUGCACUGAGAUGGAGAGGGUGUUUGGCUUCCCUGUCCAUUACACAGACGUGUCCAACAUGAGUAGGCUGGCCAGGCAAAGGCUUCUGGGAAGGUCGUGGAGUGUACCGGUCAUCCGUCACUUGUUUGCACCACUCAAAGAGUACUUUGCCUGUGUUUAACAAGACUUGGCUUAGAAACCACCACAAACGUAUAACUGUUGUUGUAACUAGAAACAAGAGUUGUGGUGAAAUUAUACUACUUCCUGGUAUCAUUUCUCAGGCAAGCAAAACAUCAUCAGAGUAGAUAUUUCACAUUAUUUCUUGUAUUUUGAAAUGUACUUCUUAUUCUAUUUAAUUUGUAUAUGUCAUUUGACCUUUUUAGCAGUGUUAUCCAGUAUUGUUUUUAUUGAUUUAUUUGUGCAAGCUAUACUUGAGACAAGGCUUUCUUCUCAAGGCACUGAGGAAGAAGAAACUAGGAUCUGUGUGAUUUUUAAAGUUUUUUUUUUUUUAAAUAAAGACUAGGAUUGGGUGAUUGGAAAAGAUCUGAAAGAUAGGAGUUUAUCAUACUGUGUGUACAGUAUGUUAUGUGAAUGAUUUUGGCUGUGUAGGCAUGAUUUUGUUUUGGCCUAUAUCUGAAGUGGACGAAGCAGUCCACCUCCUGAGCCUUGCAGAGCUAAAGUGAAUAAGGGUGAUUUUCUUCAGUGUCACAGAAAGCUGUCUUAAUGAAUCCAAAACACCAGAUCACAUAUACCUCUUUGUUUACAGUUUAUAUACACAGUUAACUGAAGGUUAAGGUACUACUGUAAAAUGGUUACAAUACCAUGGUGCUUCGAGACAAUAGGAAACAUCACAGUCCAUGUGGCACAGGCACUACACUUUAGACAAGAUGGGGGGGAAAAUAAUUAAAAAACAUUGCCUGGAAAGUUGUUUUUUCAGUGUGAUGUUUUCACACUUAAAGAAGUUAUGUGCUAUCUUAAUAACUUUAAAUGACUUCAAAGUGGCGAUAAAAUACGGCGUGGUGGCAGAAGACUGCAGAAUAGCAUGCCAUAUCCUCCUCUUUCCUAUGUUUUACAGCUUUUUUAAACAAAAAAUUGUACUGGUGCUUUUUCAAUCAUUUUUCAAGCCUUGCGACACGCAAACUCAGGCCCCCGUGCCUGCCCGUGUCAGACUCUGCACAAACACAAAAUGAAGCUAGCCACAUGGGCAGUGAUGUUUUCUGUAGUUACAAAAACAAAACAAAAAUAUUGAUCAAGGUCUGUGGUGAACUACUUUUUUUGUAGUUUCAUCCUGACCCAUGUCAUUACUGUACAACUGUUAGUGAGCAUGGUCGGUGGACUGGAGGGAGUGUGGGUGCCCUGGUGUUUCCACAACCAAGUAAAGACUCUCCCUUCCCUUCUCACCCCUGCAAACUAGAUAGUAGAUACUGUCAGGUGCAAGUCUUCAAACAAUAUGGUGCGGCUUCACAAUGCUCUUCUACCGUUUUAUAGCAAUUUUGUGCUGUUUUACCAACAUUAUAAAGCACUUUUUAUAUGUAUACUUAUUUUUUUUCCUUUAGUAUUAGAAACAUUUCUUAUUUUUUUUCUUGUGAAAUGUUUGUUUUGUUUUUAUGAGGUGAACUGUUUUACCAUUGUGUAAUACAGUAUGUUUUCUAUACCGUAGGGCUGUGCCAAUAGAGGUGAAAUAAUGGAUUAUUAGAAUGGCGUAUCCAUGGAAACGAUUGAAUUAUUGAUUGCUACUCAAUGUACAGUAGAUUAAUUGAAAAUGAUUAAUGUGCUCCGUUAACAUAUUGUCUUCUGUUCAAAGCAGUAAUUCAGUGUCAUCCUCCGGAUGAAAAAGAAUGUGUCUAUUUCUAUUACGAUUGUAGGAUUUAGAUCCGGAAUCUUUCGAGAGUUCGAAGGAGAGAGAGCUAUUCAAACGAUUAUUACCCAAACUUGGAUUACAUUCCAAAUCUGCAUUUUCUGAUGAUCUGAAUUAUUAUGACCUUGAAUGUGGAAGAUUUGGAAAUGAGUUUGUCAGAACUGAAAAUUGAACAGUGGCCAAAAAAAAAAAAAAAGAGCAGAGAUUAUGACUUACCAAUGUCCCAACUAAAAUAUUCAAUAUGACUUAAUUUCAUAAAUGUAGUUUCAUACAUGAUUAAGUUCUUAAGUGACCUUACUGUAUCCGUGCCACCGUUUUAGUUGAACUUCACACAUUGGGUUCGCAGGAAUUCUUGUGCGUUGUGUUGACAUUAAUUCCCCUUCUGUAUAGCAAAUGACCAUAUGUACAUUUUGUACAUAGAGUUUUCCUGUUGCUGGUUUUGGUUUGUCUUUCUCUUUUUUUUUAUUACCUAUGAGAUGUACAAAUAUAAUUAUUUGCUAAUAUAUAUCAUGGAAUUGGAAGAAAAAAAAGAUUAGGGCAAAAAAAAUGUAAUCAAGUCAAAUUGAACCAAUUUCAUCAAAAUAAGCUAUGAAACAUUAGAGGUGGGUAGACUCCAAGUCUUGCCUUCUAGUACUGUUCAUUUGUUUUGUUUUCCAAUGUUCUGAGUGAAUCCAGUUGAAAUGUGUCACGUGAUCUUAACAGUAGCCUAAUAAUGACAGCUUUAAGGUGGAACGGUCUAUACUUCACUGCACAGCCCUACAUAAUGUUGGUUGUUGUUGUUUUUCUGUCGCUUUUGUUUCUUUAAAGAACUAUAAAGAGGGAUUGUAGGUGUUUCUGACGGUGCUAAAAAUUUUAUCUAAUCAAGAAAAAAAUAUAUUUGUUUGGAAGAGAAAUAAAACUUGUCUUGACAAUGACUGUUUUUAAGUUCCUUAUAGUAAUGAUUUGAAGAGCACUAUUAUUUCACUCUCAUAUGAUGCAUAUAUUAACAAAGGCAUUUUAACUUUGUACUUGAAAAAAUUGUGAAUAAUAAAUUAUGAGUUUCCUAUAUUGUUUUAGACUAGAAAUUGCUGUAGUUGGUUGGUGCUUAUCUGUGGGGGGAAACCAUGUACUCCGUAAUGGGAAAUAACAAAAAAGAGAUAAACAUUUCGGUAAGAACUUUUACUGUAGCAUAAUGCAUAAUGUAUGCUUAAAACUUGGCAUUCGCAUUGCUUCUUAAUCCUACAUUCCAUGCCAUAAUAUCCUAUCUUCCAUGUCUUGUUUUCAGUUGUCGUUUCUUGAUUUGAUGCUUUUGUUAUUAUUGGCAAAUGUUAUGUCCCAAAUGGCACCCUGUUCCCUUUACAGUGCACUACUUUUGGCCAAGGCCCAUAGGGUGCCAUAUAUAGUGAAUAGGGUGCCAUUUGGGAUGCUCACCAUGACAUUUCACUGUUUCAGACAGGUCAGUUCUAUAAUCCAGUGAUACUGUUAGUUGGCGCUCAGUCUGUGUGGCUUCUUCUUUUGUGUCAUAUUACCUGUUUUAUGGCCUAUGUUUUUCUUCUUUAAGAUGAUCAAAUGUAGCAGUCAUUCUCCACCCUUUACCCAAUACUUAUGUUUUAGUACCCAGAAAGAAGAAAACGGCUCCUUUAUGUAUUUGUGCUGGAGAACACUUGAAUAAAUGUAUUGUUUUUGUGCAAAAAAUA